AUGCUCGAUAGCUGUAAGAUGCGAUAUUCACGCAUAGCUGCGGUAGACAAAUCCGCCCUUACAAUCUUUUUGCCCGUCGAAAACAAGAAAUACCAGAGUCGAGAAAAGAUAAAGCUGACUUUGGACGAUUUCGGCCGAGAAAAUAGAAAGGACGACGCUCAAUUUGGAUCGAGGCGCUCUUUGAAAAUGGAAACUUCCACAAUGACGACUUGGUUGCCCACGGAAUGGGCACAGCUUGGAAACCGAUUUCCUCAUUUCACUUUCAAAUUUCAAAUUCUCCAGAAUCCCUCCUUCGAGCCUUUCCUGCCUGCUUACAAAGAAUCGCUGCUUUUUUAUGCUGUUUUCCCGCUCAGCCUGAUGCUCCUGCUACUUUUAGUUUAUCUUCUUUACUAUUGUUGCCGUGAUUGGACGAAAACCGUCGUCUCGAGCAAUAAAUGCAACCCAUCACUCUUCGUGAGCAAUGUGAUUCUGGUGCUGAUCACGACGUGCAUUCUCGUAGGUGCCUACAGCUGCUUUGGUGCGAUGAGAAACGACUAUCGCAACAUUGUGAACUCUUCCAGGGAGCUAAAGAAACUGGUCGAUGAAGUUAACGCGGAGCACAUGUUCAAAGAGCAGACGAAAGCCAUAACGAAAGUGCUGCUCAAUGCUGAGAAAGGUCUCUCGGGCGAAUUCCAAGAGCGACUUUACAACUUUCGCGUCGCAUACCCUUAUGUUGAGUGGCUUCCUCUGCGAAUCGGAAACUCGACAAUGAACGAAGAGUACGAGCCUGUGAUGGAGCGCGCCCAGGAGAUCGAAAACUAUCGCCUCAUAGCUAGUGGCAUCGUCUUCGGCUACCUUUUGUUGCUCGUCGUUAUCUGCGUGGCUUCUACCUGCGUCAAGAACUCAACGCUCUUUGUUGGGAGCAUUAUUUUGGGAUUCCUGGGCCUGCUGAUUCUCCACUUCUCCCUCGGCAUUCAACUCACCGCUUCCGUGGCGCUAUCCGAUCUUUGUAUGAACCCAGCUUAUUUUGUGGAAAAGACACUUCUCGACGAAGGCUGGCUCAAUCGCAACGAGAUUGACGUGGUGCUGCGUUGCGACCAGGAUUCCGAAAAAGUCCAACGCUUUGAGCAAUUGCUCCGCGAGCUGGAGAAGCGCGACCGGGAGUUGGAAGAAAUAACGCAAGGAAUCAAUCUCAAAUAUACAAAACCCGCGAAGAAAGUUCUCCAAGCACAACAACUGCACAACAAGCUCAAAAACAACGUCGAAGGUGUCCACGACUUGCUUAGCUGCAAACGAACACACAAAGAAUACAAGAAUAUUAUUGAUCUUUCGUGUGGAAACUACUUGAUGUAUUGGUGGAUAAUGACAGGAAUAACUACUGUCUGUUUGAUCCUCGUUGGUGCACUGCUAUUUGUCUUGCCAGAAGUGAUGUCGACUGUUUCCGUCAAUCAUCACGAAUCGCUGCGGGAUGAAAUAAAAGCUCAAUAUUCACCUCUGGAAAGAUCCUAUGGAACGAUGCAAUCUGCUCCGCUCCCAAAACAUGAUACGCUCAAGCGCGAAAAGAAUACCUUCGUCACAUUUGAUGGAGAAAGCCGGUCUUACCUAAACGAUGUGCGUUAUCCGUCUCACGCAACACUCCUUUCCAACUAUCACUAA